AUGUCUUCGCCCCAAAGCCAAGACGGCUUCAGUCACCGUAUUCCUUCUAGGCAUGCCGAGGCCACUACAACCUAUUGCGAACGGUUACACACUCCUUCCGAAGCCGACAGAACUCUAUUGCUGGACCUGGUAAGCGACGUCAUACGGGAACCACGGUUAAAUCCUGACACGCGCCUCAACCCAGUUAUGACCGUCAGUGGCGCUGAUCCCUUCAUCUCGCUGUAUCUCCGCCAGUCUCCAGGCUGCGUCCCGAUGGGGUUGGCCACCACGACGAACCAGAGGCGACCCCGAGGGGCCGUGGAUCCCGAACUGUUGCCUGUCCCCCUGUUGUGCCGGCCGUUUCCUCGCACUUCGGCUGGCCUAACUGGCUCAUGGCUGUCGGUUUCGACCGGCCUCUUCUCCAAUCGUUUGCGAGCCCUGGAUGGUAAUGCGGGUAGCGUUGUCAAUUAUCCCCGUGUCCCGGACGGACACUGGCCGUGA